UCGCCGGCCAGCCGGCGGCUGGUGUGCCUAGCUUAUAUACCGCGCGCCCCAUCCCUCUUGCCGGCGCACGCGUGUGGGGCAUGCAUCGAUCGCGACGCCAUACAACCAUGGCCACUGCUGGCGGCGGCGGUGGUGGUGCAGUAAUAAGGUUGCUGCUGCUGCUGCUGCUGGAGGCCAUCGUCAUCAUGCUCAUCGCCGGCGUCGCACAGUCGUCGUCAGCGGCCCGUGGUGUUACCUUACGCGUUGACCGUCGCCACCAGGUGGUGGUCGUGGACAAUGGCGUGGUGCAGGUGACGCUGUCGAAACCGCAGGGCCACAUCACCGGCGUCCGCUACAACGGCCAGCGCAACCUCCUCCAGUACACCGGCGGCCAAAGAACCUCGGGAGGGUACUGGGAUGUUGUCUGGAACUACCCUGGCUCCGGUCAUCCAAGAGGAAUGUUCGACAUGUUGGACAGUACCGAGUUCAGUGUUGUGACCUCAAGGGAAGACCAAGUGGAGCUUUCUUUCAGGAGCACGUAUGAUCCAUCACGCCAAGAUAGUGUUCGGCUAAACAUUGACAAGAGGUUUGUGAUGCUGAAAGGCAGCUCCGGGUUCUACUGCUACGCCAUCUUCGAGCACAAUAGCAGCUGCCCUGCUCUCAACGUCUCGGAGGCACGGCUGGCUUUCAAGCUCAACGCAGACAUGUUCAACUACAUGGCAAUCUCAGACGACAUACAGAGGUACAUGCCCAGCGAGGCAGACAGAGACGCGCCACGUGGCACUACGCUGGCCUACAAGGAGGCCGUCCUGCUGGUGGACCCCGUGGAGCCGCAGUUCAAGGGGGAGGUGGACGACAAGUACCAGUACUCGCUGGACAACAAGGACAACGCCGUCCAUGGCUGGAUCAGCGGCAGCAGCCACAUGGGGUUCUGGGUGAUCACCCCCAGCAACGAGUUCAAGAGCGGCGGGCCCAUGAAGCGGGAGCUCACCUCCCACGUCGGACCCACCUCCCUCGCCAUGUUUCUUGGCACGCACUACGUCGGCGACGACAUUGUGCUCAACCUCGCCGACGGCGAGCACUGGAAGAAGGUGCUGGGCCCGGUGUUCAUCUACCUCAACUCCAGCCCCAGCAGGCGAUGGUGGCGAGCUGGCGGCGGUGCCGACGUCGUCGUCCGCGGCCUCUGGGACGACGCCAAGGCGCGGGCGCGAGCGGAGGCGGGCCGGUGGCCGUACAGCUUCCUUGAGUCGCCGGACUUCGCCAAGGCAGGCGACAGGGGCACGGUCACCGGCACGCUCGUGGUCAGAGACAGGUUCGCGAGCAAGGGCGGCGUGCAGGCCGCGGCGGCCUACGUCGGGCUCGCCGCGCCCGGCGGGCAACCCGGGUCCUGGGCGACGGAGUGCAAGGGCUACCAGUUCUGGACGACGGCGACGGCGGCGACGGCCUCCGGCGGGUUCAGGUUCACCAUCGGCGGCGUCCGGGCAGGGGUGUACAGCCUCCACGCAUGGGUUCCAGGGGUCCUCGGAGACUACAUGCACACCUCGACGGUGACCGUGACGGCAGAUGGGGCCGCCGCCGUCGUCCACCUCGGUGACCUCGUGUUCGUGCCCCCGAGGUCCGGCCCGACGCUGUGGGAGAUCGGCGUCCCUGACCGGACUGCCGCGGAGUUCUUCGUCCCCAACGCCGACGACCAUAGAUACGCAAAUAACAAGCUCUUCCUGGGGAACGAUAGGUACAGGCAGUACGGCCUGUGGGAGAGGUACGCCGAGCUGUACCCUAGGAGUGAUCCUGUGUUCACGGUUGGGCAGAGCAAUCACUCCAAGGACUGGUUCUUUGCGCAUGUCACAAGAAAGGUUGGCAAUGGCUACGUGCCCACGACGCGGCAGAUACGGUUCAACCUGCAGGGCCGUGUCGUUGCCAACGGCACCUACACGUUGCGGAUCGCCGUCGCAGCUGCCCAGAUGUCCAGGCUGCAGGUGCAAGUGAACGGCGGCGGCGGCGGCGGCGUGUUCACGACGCCGGAGUUCGGCGGCGGCAACGCGAUCGCGCGGCACGGCAUCCACGGCGGCGUGCAGCGGAGCUUCGAGUUGCCGGUGAGGGGCGAGCAGCUGCGGGAAGGCGAGAACAGCAUCAGCAUCACGCAGACGAGGGCGUUCGGGCCCUUCUUGGGGGUCAUGUACGACUACAUCAGGCUGGAAGCGCCUGCCUAGCUAGAAACAGAGAAUGUACCUGUAUGAUGACGGUGGAUAGACAUGCAUGCAGAGGCUGAAGCAAGAGGGAAAAUUUAGCCAGAGAAUGUACCUGUACUGUAUUCUGUACUAGCUAGCUAGCUAUAGAAAUUGCAUAGGCUUGGCAGUUUUGGGACAUUACUGAAUUGCUGAUACAGAAUUCGUUCUGAAUUUCCUCCUCACAAAAAGGAAAGAAUUAGUUCAGAAUUA